AUGGCAGCUGGAGCACCGGAUGCAGUCGUCGCGCAAUCUCCGACAGAUUCUUCCAUGCUCGUGCAGUGGGGGCAGCCCACUCUCAACGACUGCCGCUUCCAGGGAUAUGAGCUCCAGUGGCAGAGCACUGACAUUGGCGGCUCCUGGGCCACUGUCACCAGCUGCGGCGCUUCGCACGCCUACUGCGACAGCAGCUGCACGGUCUCCGGCCUUCCUUCGAACUCCGAGGUGCUUUUUCGCGCCAAGGUGCAUUGUGAGAAUGCAACGCUGGAUGGGCCGUGGACGGCCUCCACGCCCCUGUCCACCCUGCCGAGGCGCGCCGAAAGCAUGGAUGGACCCAAUGUUUCUGUCCUGGGCGCCUAUGAGGUUGCCAUGAGCUGGUCUCUUCCGCCAAGUCCUGGCGCCGUGACGUUGAACGACUGCGUGGUUCAGGGCUGGCAGGCGGAGAUCUUUGACUACGCUUCCGAGACCUGGAUGACACCCAGCAAUGGCUCUUGCAUCAGCGCCUUGACCAAUGCCGCAGCGGCAGGCUGCUUGGCCAUGGGGCUCUCCUGCGGCAGCAGCUAUCAGGCCCGCGUGGCUCCAGUCUGCAGCAACAGCGACGCCCAGCCAGCGGCGGUGGGCAACGCAACCACCUUCACCACACAGCGAGGUGCCGCUUGCCUCAUCCGUGCUGGGCGCCCGGCGGGCGUUGUGGCCCUGGCCACAUCGGUGAGCACCAUCAGGAUUUCCUGGGAGGCGGGCGAAUCCAACGACUGCGCCUUCGCCACCUGGGACGUGCGGCUCCGCGUGGGGUCGGGCUCUGCAAGCGCGGUGGCGGGCUGCAGCGGCCUCACCAGGGAAACGACUUCAUGCCUCGCCUAUGGGCUAGAUGAGAACACCUCCUACCAUGCCACCGUGCAGGAGCUUUGUUCGGAGUCCUCCGCUGCAUCGCCGGUGGCUGAGAGCCUGGAGCCGGCAACAACCUGGAGUGUACCGGCGCCUUCGCUCUCGAUCACGCUUCCCUUGGCCAACUCGGUCGUCGAGAUUCGGCCGUCGGAGUUCACGCUCAUGUACGACGUAGAUGUGGAGAUGCCCCAAUCAGGCGGUGCGGAUGUUUACCCAGCCUGGGUCAUCUGCAGCCGCGCGUCGGAGGCAUGUAGCGCCGCAUGCAGCAGAGAAGCCUCGGACGCCGACUUCGCCAUCCGAAACCAUCGCGUGGCCACCUGGCCCGUCAACAGCAGCUUCUGGCAACAGGGCUGUGUCUACGACGUGUCGCUCGCUGCUGGCGCAGUUGUGACACGGCUGAAACCCGAGAAGCUGUCGGAAGAGGCCACAUGGAGCUUCACCUUUCAAACCGCUGCCGCCGAGUUUGUCCAAGCCGCCGAGGCCCAGUCCCUGGGCACAGAGAACGUCUCCUUCACGAUUGCCUGGAGCGCCAGCGUGGACUUCCGUUGCCGCCUCAGCAACCUCGCCGAGUCCAAGAUCUCGUCCUCGCAGCUGGCCUCACGUGGCGUUGCGGCAAUGGUGGUGGUGGGCGACUUGCUCCCGGACACGCGCUACGACGUCGAGUGCCAGGCUACCCUCCAAGACGAACCCGAGGUGACGUCCGCCUGGCUUGCCGCCGGCCACGUGCAGACGCUGCCAGACUUGGACGUGGAGCUGGCGGGGCUGUCCCUGCAUGUGCAGCCAUUGUGCCCGACGAAGACGCUGCCAGGCUACAGUAUGGAAAUGGUCCCUGCACUCGAACUGGGUCGAACCAACUACACCGUCGCGCUGCCAAACGCCGACUUUGCCCUCAACUGCACCGAAGAGGAGGCCUCUUGGCGUCUGCAGUUGCUGGUGACCCCGCGGAGCAAGUAUGCGACGGCAAGCAUCGCCUGGGACGAUGGGACUUCCCAGAACGACCAGAGCGCAGCGCUGGCGGUGCUGACGCUGCCAGCGGAGGAGGUCUUGGUCGCUCUGAACUUCACCACGAGGGUGACGGCCGGUUGUCAGUGCGCGUUCGGCACAUAUGAUGUGCAGGUCAUGGGCCUUCGCUUACGCUUUCAGAUGUCGGCGCCCACGGUGACCAAGGCCAACGGUGACGAGGUCAGCAUGGAUGCGGUGGAGGACGGCCACAAGAUGGAGGUCAUCGUCACCUACACCAGCGACGCGCUGCCAGUUCAGCUUUGGAAUCAGCUCUCUUUGUACGUCGGCCCUUUCCAGCAGGUCACCAUUGCCUCGCCCAGGCCGGACUUAGAGACCCAGCCGCUACACCAGGUGUACCAACUCAUGACGAUCCUCUCAGGAGCUGGCAAGGACUUGCCUUUGGAGCUGUCCAUUGCGGGUGCGCUGGUGGGAGCGUCCUCGUCACAGAUCUCCUUCGCACCCCCAUUCGUGACUUGUCUCUCCACAGUGGGCUAUGGUCAGUGCACGGCCGAGGAGCUGGAGCAAGAGCAGGUCUACAUCAGCACUGUCGGCGAGACAAUGCUCUAUGCGAAAGGCGGCUUUGGUGGACACGAGACCCUGUCGAGUCCAGGCAUGAUAAGACUCUCCGUCACGCAGGGGGAGAACACCACGGAGCUCUGUGAGGACUCGGGUUGGGUGAGCUUCUCGGAGAUGUGGUGCCGCCUCGCGCCAAAGGGCGCCAGCCCGCUGGCGAUGUACGUCGUGGGGCCCAUGAACGAGACCGAGCUGGUACAAGUGCCCUGGGCGAUCCGCUACCAGCCACCAAUCAUCGACAACUUCUCCGAGCCCGUCCUGCAGAUUAUGGAUGGAGGUCAGCUUUACAUCAUCGGCCAGAACUUUCCCGACUUCCCUGGAGAAGAAGCCAGCGUGGGCUAUGAAGACGCCGAGACGGUACGGCGGCUGCGUCGGGCACAAGGUACCGGCUUCGGGACCUCGGAGGUCUGUACCCGCGUUGUGCGGGUGAACCAGACGCACCUCCUCUGCGAGAUGAAGCAGAGGAUUGACCUCACCGCCGCAAGAUGCAGGGAGGUGGACCUUGUCGUGACCUGGGGCGACCUGCGAUCUGACGCACAGAGCGUGCCCAUGCUGCUCCCCGGGCCUCAGAUCUACAGCGUGCAGGACACCUCGCUGGGCCUCCCUGUGGAGGUGGGAAAUGGUCUUCCGUACCACCUGACGGGCAUCAACUUCGGCACGUCCGGGAAUGGGAAGAUCCAGGUGAUGUUGGGCGACCGCCUCUGCAACAUCACCACCCGCAGCGAUGGCGAGAUCUAUUGCGUUGUCGACGGACCCCUCCGUGAUGACUUGGCGUCCAUCUACCCAGAGACACCGGUGAACGACAGUCAAGGUGCUGUGGACAUCGUCAUCCCUGUGCCAGUGUGGCUGACCAUGGGCAGUAGCUCCACGUCCUCUUCCCAGGACUGCGAGCCGCUCGCGGCCAACUGGACCUCACACGUCGUUCACCUCCUUGCCUGUAAAGCCGGGCAGUUUCGAGAGAACAUCACGAAUGACAAUUGCACAGACUGUGUGCCGGGAUGGUACACACCCGUGGCAGGACCUUUCCCGACAUGCCUAGCUUGCACAGAGUCGUCCUUUGCCAACCAGUACGGCAGCACAGCAACCUGGCUCGCUUCUAACCUCGGACCCGUAAGGCGCCCUGCAACCGACACCUAA